AUGGCUAAUGCACUGGUGUGCAUACUGGUAUCUACUCUGCUCUGUGCUACAGGUUUGGAUCUACCGAACCUUGCGCUGAGCAAGCCCACAAAACAAAGCUCAGUAUAUGAAGGAAGGAUAUCUGAUAGGGCUGUUGACGGCAACAACAACAGUAGCGUAACAGCCGACAGUUGUGCACAUGGGGAUAACGCUGCGGAGCCGUCGCUAGACUGGUGGCAGGUAGAUCUUCAGAAGAUCGUCGUUGUUCUAACUGUCUCCGUCACCAACAGGGGGGACUGUUGCCAUGAAAGAUUAACCAACUUCACUGUGGAGGUCCAUACUUCUGACCCGAUGACCAGCAACAACACCGGCCUACAAGUCUGCUAUUUGCAUGAAGGCACGGUGGGCAGAGGUCUGACAGUAGACUUGACCUGCGCCGUCAACACCAUUGGACGUUACGUCAGAAUAGUCAAGUACAACUCUGGUGUUAACCCUUUGACCCUGUGUGAAGUGGUGGUGAAGGGAGCCCCAGUGCACAACACAUGCGGAGAGUCAUCUCUCGUGUUUGGUCUUGGCGCUACCGGAGCCAGGGAGCCCGACAACUUCAUCGCCAGCUAUGAAAACAUCGGGAAGCUCGACUGUGCCAACAUGUGUUUCAGAAAGGCUUCUUGCAACGCCUUCAACUCAAGGUCUCCCUCAAUGGGCGUCGUCAGUUGCGAGCUGUUGGCCGUGACCCUUGACCCCAUGACUAAUGCAACAUGGGAUGUAUAUCAGAUCAUCGUGUAGACGUAAUGCGAUACAGAAAGGUAGGCUCCACGGUUUAAGCAGUGUCCAGUGAACAGCAGAGCGGGUACAUGAUGUUUGAUGCAACCUUCAGCAAUAUGCCAACUGUAUCACGACAAGGGACACCUCAAAUGGCCUACAGACAUUCUACUCACGAGUGUAAUUGAACUCGGGCAUUCACGGUGACAUGUGAACGCCUACCCAAACGUAGCGGUAUAAGGAUGAGACACUACAUCGCGUCGUUUAGACAUUCUAACCAUGAGUAGAAUCGCACCUAUUAUUGCUUUUGCUAUUUUGAACAAUACUACCUGAAUACCAGUUCGACACUUUGUAUACAGCUGGAACCGAAAUUAUCUUUGACCGUUUCCACUGCUAUUUCUUAAAGGAUGAAGCUUUCGGCGGAGAUACAUGUAGUUCCCCCGUGCAGAUUUCGGGUUAGAAUAACUCUAACAUAACAACUAGUAUAUGCAUGUUCCCCAUUGAAACACAAAACGCAAUAGCCCAUCGCAUCCAACCCCAAAUCCCUCCUUCCCCACCCUAACCCAUCCCACACUCUCUAUGUCAUUCCAGGACAUCAGGGUUAAAACAACACUAUGCGUGUCCCCCGUGGCGAC